AUGCACAGAGAUAUUGAAGUAGAAAGACAAUCUUGGGGACAAUCAAAAAGUUGUGAUCUGCGAAAGACUAACGAGGGUGGUGGUAUCAAUUUCCCCCUUUCGGGUUUGACAGUUGGCAAGGGUCCCUCACCAAAUCAUGUUUACGUUAUCAAUCAGGUAAAUCAUCCCAUAGACUACCUACUGCAAAAUGGGGGUGAUGGCCGGUACUUGAGGGAAACAGCCCACCCAAGUGAGACACAUGAAGUGCCAAUCAGGGAACCACCUAUAGUCAUUGCCUGGUCCAGAGUCAGACGUCAGCAAUGA